GCUUGAGGCCUCAGUCUCAUCUAAGUAGUCACCAAAGGAGCACAAAGGAGAGAGUUGCACAGAGCCCAUGAUGGGGGACUCAAACUUCUGUCUUUUCCUACUGCUAAUCACACUUACCUUGAUUUCUGCCCAAGCGGAGCAUGCAUCCUGCCUGAUAAAUCAAAGGUACAAAGCCUACCACAAAUACCAAUACCUGUACAAAGCUGAGUCCUUGAAUGCUAUCAAUGGUGCUUCACAUCUCAGGAAUGGACCUAAGGCCACUUGCAAGGUUGAAAUUGAAGUACCUCAGACUUGUAGUUUCAUCGUCCGCACCACUGGCUGUAGACUGAGUGAGGUGGCCGACAUGGACGCAGAAGGCAACCCUGUGUUCGGUCCUGCACCCAGCUCUGAUGCAUUUGCUGCUGAAAUGGAGAAAUAUCCUCUGAAAGUUGUGGUUGAGGGUGUGUACGAUGUGAAACUGUACCCUGAGGACGGUGAGACAACAACAAUCCUGAACAUCAAGAGGGGUAUCAUCUCUGCCCUGGCUGUGCCUCUUCUGGAAGUAGACAAGAACAAGAACAUGCCCACCAUCCACGGCAAGUGCAAGACCUAUUACACUGUCAAUGCUAGAGAGGACAUUGCAACUGACAUCAGCCUCAACAGGGAUCUGUCCAGAUGUGACAAAUUUGUCCCAAUGAGAGAUCACACCAGCCCCCUGGCACUUAUUUCUGGCAUGCACUACCCUCUUGCCCAGCUGGUCAGAAGUUCACAGACCUGCAACUACAAGUUUGACAAUGAGAAGAAACACAUGACCUCUGGGUCCUGCACUGAGAACCACAUCCUCAUUCCCUUCUCACACAAGGGAGAAUAUGGUGUUACCAAUGUUGGAAAGCAAGAACUGACUCUGGUUCAGGUUUCUCCUCACAAUGAAAGAGUUUUUGAGCACAGUGACAUUGUCAAGGGUCUUCACAUGGAGGCUGUUGAGGACAAGAGCGUUGUCCAGGCUAAAGAUGCAGGUCUGAACCUCCUGAGAGAACUGGCCACUCUGCCUGAGACUGAGGGUGAGAGGAGGGCCCACCUCUUCCACAAGCUUGUCACCAUGGUCCGUGGAAUGAAGACUGAGACCCUGAGUCCCGCCAUUCCUGAGGCUCUUGCAGUGUCCCGUGUCCUGACCUACCAGGUUCUGAUCCAGUGUGGAACCCCUGAGUGCAGCAGUGCCAUCAUGCAGAUCCUCAGGACUUUUGACACUUCCUCACUUGAAGUUGAUGCCACUGUUUUUGCUAUGGGACUCAUGUCCAAUCCUUCUGCCCUCCUGAUCAAUGACAUGCUCGAGAUGGCCAAAUACAAGCCCAGCAAGCCCAUCAUGUAUGCCCUAAGCAAUGUUGUCAAAAGGUUGUACAAAGCUGAAGGAAAACUGAUCCCUGAGAUUCACUCCGUUGCUGAGUUCAUGGCUGCCCAGUUGGGUGACUGUUCUGGUGACACGGACAACACCUUCAUGACAUUGAGAGUUACUGGAAACAUGGCUCCAGCUGUGGUACCUGCUAGUCCUGCACUCAGAGCUGCUGUGAUCCACUGUGUGAACCAACCUGCAGCUUCGCUGUCUGUGCAGCAGGCUGCCAUUCAAGUGUACAGGCUGACUCCCGUCCCUGAGGAGGCCAGAGAGGUUCUCAUGCAGGUGCUUUUGGACAGUGCUAGCCCCAUGCAAAAGCGUAUUGCUGCAUAUCUGGUACUUAUGAAGGACCCCCAGCCCACUGAGCUGGCCCAGCUGGCUGAUGCCUUGCCCAACGAGCAGGACAAACAAGUCAAGAGCUUUGUGAUCUCUCACAUUACUAACAUUUUGUCCUCAACUGAGCCAGAGACCCAAGAACUGAGACAGAAGAUCCAUGAUGCCCUGCAGGGUAACGAGGUCGGGCCCACCAUGGACCCCACCAAGUUUUCUCGCAACUACAAGUUCGGAUCUGUGGAGGGCAACAUGAUCUUUGAGGGUACCAGCUACCUGCCAAAGGAGGUCAUGCUUGAAAUGACUCUGAAGGCAUUUGGCUAUGAGAUUGACAUGAUGGAGAUUGGUAUGGAGGGCAAAGGAUUUGAGCCAACUGUUGAUGCCCUAUUUGGAGAGAAUGGCUUCUUUCCUGACACUGCCCUGAAGACAAUGUACUUUGUCUCUGACAACAUGCCACUUAGAGUCAAUGAGAUCCUGCAGAACAUGCUGCCUGCCAUGAAGAAGGACAGGAUGAAAAGACAGGCCUCCCAGAACCUGAUGAGGGACAUCGGACGCAACCUCAACAAACUCGUCAGGGAACUGAAGAUGGCACAGUCUCCCGAGGCAAUGGUUUACCUGAGACUUUUGGGAAAUGAGCUGGGAUACCUGAACACCAACGAAAUGGAGGAGAUUGCCUACUCUGCUGCCAUGAUGACUGACAGCAUGUUCAAGAUGUUCCCAACUGAUCUAAUGAAGGCACUGAUGACCAAGGCUGACAACACAAUCUUUGCCCACUACAUCUUCAUGGACAAUGAAUUCUUCCUGCCUACUGUCACUGGAGUGCCUCUGAGGAUUGCACUGUCUGGUACUUUCACCCCUGGCAUCAAGGGUGGACUUAAGAUUGCUCCUGACAUGAGUGAAGUUACCUUCAUGCCCUCUGCUGGCAUUGAGUUUGUAACUCAGGUUGGCUCCCACAUCCCUGAAUAUGUCAACUCUGGAUUAGAGAUGCACACCAACAUUUUCCACGAGAGUGGGCUCAGUGCCAAGAUUUCCAUGGGACGCGACAAUGUCAAGCUGACCAUCCCUGCUCCAAUGAGUCCUACAAAGCUCAUCAAAAUUACAAACACCCUGGUGGCAGUGACUGGAUCAGAGGUGAAGACCAUCCCUAUGGUGAUGGACAAGGUUGAUGUUAACAAGUGCACUCCCUUCUUCGCUGGAAUGAAAUACUGCACUGAUCUGCAGUACAUUGAUGCUUUCUCUCAGGAGACAGCCCCCUACUUCCCCUUCACCGGAGACAGCAAAUUUGCUGUGGAGCUCCAUCCCACUGGUGAAGUCACUGAGUACACAGCCACUGUUGCCUACGAGCUCCUCAGGGAGGGAGAGGAGGGCCGGCAGAAGGUUGACUCUGUGAAGUUUAUUCUGAGGGCUGAAGGUGCAGAUCCCACUGAAGCCAGCGCAAUCAUGAAAUAUAACAGAAGGAAGAAUGUCAUCACAGCUGACAUCCAGAUCCCUGACUACGAUGUGGAGGCUGGACUCAGGCUGGGUGUUGUUGAUGGAAACACCAAGGGCAAAGGAACUCACUCCAUCACUCUGGACUUUAUAAACAAGAACAUCCCUCAGCUCUCCCUGGUUGGCCGUGCCAAUCUGAAAGCCAUGAAGGAAGGUAUGCUGCAAGUCCAACUUCUCGUCCCCUCAAUGAAAGCUGAUGCCACUGUCACAGCUAGCAUGAAACGCGAUGAAGAAUUGGAAUUGGAGCUUAAGAGUGAAAUUAAGGUCAUGGACGCCACCUCUGAGCAGAAAAUAGCAAUGAAAUAUGAUGCCAGCAAGGUUCAGGUUGAGUUAAAGUCUGAUGUGAACACUGAGACCACCAGCUUGCCAAAUGCUGAUAUGUUCGAGAAGUAUGGCAACCAACUUCUUGACAUGCAGAUGGGGCAGACCGACAUGAAAGUCCGUCACAUCUUCAAGAAGUUUGUGGAGGCAGCAAACAACUACAUGGAAAAGUAUGGCGCUGAUAUCCCUUACAUUCAGAACUUCAGAGUACCUGAUAUGCCUGAGAUUUCCUUGCCAGAGACAUUGUUCCUGAAUACUGAGGCAAAGGCUGUCUACUACUUCAACAAUGAGCGUUUCACCAUUGUCAUCCCUCUCCCUCUUGGAGGAAAGUCAACAGAAGAGCUUAACUUCCCACCAGCUUUGACCACACCUCACAUGUCUGUGCCCCAGUUUGGACUGGAGAUCGUCUCCAUGGAGAUCCCCAUCCCAGAGCUUGUUGUCCCCGAGAGCCUUACUCUGUCUAUUCCUUUUGGCAAAGCUGAGGUUUCAACACUAAUGACAAGCAACCUAUAUGACAUGGAGGCCUCAAUGGCUGCCGGCAAAGAUGUUGUGGAGACACCAAGCUACUCAGCUAAGUUUGAUGUGAAAGGAACCUCCCCACUUGACAUCCUCUCAAUAAAGAUUGAAGGCUCUGGAAUGUUGGCCACCACUGAUUCCAUCAAGGCCCAUUUGAAAAGCUCUUUGGCCCAUAAAUUCAUUGAAGCCAGUAUUAGUAUUGUUGAGGAUGCAACCAUCACAGAAAAAAUCAAUUUGAGAUCAAGCAGCAAGAUUGAAGCCACAAGCCCAUUCGGUCUCAAUAUUGCACUAGAGCACACUGGUAUGGCUGGUAUCACCAGUAAAGAAAUCUCUGCUGAUAGCAACUUUGAGGCAAUGUUCAAGGCUGGACCCAUGUUUGGCAAGACCAUUUCAACCCAGUCAUUCAUCAUCUUCCCAUUCAGGCCAGAAGCAAAGAUCGAUUCUACCGUUCAGUUUGACUCCACCAUUGUUAAGGCCCAGAACACAAUUGCAGCAACCCUUGUCAAUGGUGAAUUCUCAGUUGUGUCUAACACCAAUGCCUUUGAAGACAUCUUGACCCAUGUUGUUGAACUUUCCUUCAAAGACCACAAGUUGUCUCUGAAAUGUGAUGCAAAUGCCCUUGCUCUUGGUAUGAAGAUCCGUAACCAGGCUGAAGCCUCUGCUGGUGCUGGAGAAGUGGCCAUGAGAAUGGAGACAAAUGCAGACCACUCUGAAAACCGUGUUUACUCUCUGCUGACUGCCUCUCUUGAUGUCAAUGGUCUGGCUGUAAACAGUGAUGCCACUGUGAAGCUCCUUGAGAAUGAGGCUACUCACAAGACUACUCUGAGAAUGAACAAGGAUGGUUUGACCACAAGUGGAACAACCACCCUCCAGAGCCCCCUGUCCCUUGAAAACACCUUCAAUGCUGGGCUCGAUGCUUCAAGGGCUACUCUAUCCAUUACCAACAAGGCUGCAAUGCAAGACAUCAAGGUUGAUAAUGCCAACACUCUUGUCAUUACUCUCUCUAGCCUUGACUUCAACUCAAAGGCUGAAGCCACAGCAAGUGAGUAUGCCUCUUACACUCAUGAUAUCACCAUCGACCUGAAACCCUACACUGCUUCUGCAAAUGUUAACAACAACCUGAAACUUCUGGCUGCCAACUUCAUUAAUGAGGCUCAGCUGCAGGCAGAGCUGUAUAAGAUGGGCCUGACUGGAAGCCUGAAAGCCAUCUAUGGUGAGGAAGAGAUCAAGCAUACCUAUCAGGUAAAUUAUGCUGAUAUGACAGCUAAUGCAAAGUGCAGCACCACUGGAAAACUCUUUGGAACUCACAUGAGCCACAACACUGAGCUUGAAGUUGUUGGUCUUGCUGCCAGGAUCACCAACGAUGCCCGCUUCAACUCACAGCCAAUGCGCUUUGACCACACCAUCCGUUGCAGUAUUGUACCUUUUGAUUUCAACCUUGAUGCCAUUUUCAGUGCUGAUGGAGACAUGACCAUGUAUGGAAAACACAGUGCCCAGCUCUAUGGCAAGUUCCUCCUUAAAGCACAACCCCUGGCUUUUGCUAGCUCACAUGAAUGCAGAGCAUCAGUAACCCAGCAGCUAGAUAACGGUUUUUCCCUUGAGACCACAUUUGACAACAAGAUGGAUAAUGUUCUGUCACUCCAAGAGCAGAAGACCAGUUUUAGAAUGAAGUCUAAAGUAAAUGAGCAUGCCUUUAAUCAGGACAUGAGUGUUUACAACACUGCUGAGAGAACUGGAAUUGAGGUUUCUGGCACCGUCCUCACAAACAUCUUCAACACAGACUCCACAGGGAACCAGGAAUUCACCAUCUCUGGCUUCCUCAAGUAUGACAAGAACACAGAUAGUCACAUUAUUCAGUUCCCUCUGAUUGAAAAUCUCCCUGCCUUCUUGGAAAGCAUCAAGGGCUGUAUUGUGCAUAUAGCAGAGGCACUGCAAAACUACAUCAACAAUGAGGAGAUAAGGGCUAAACUUGAGGCACUUCCCCAGCAAGUAAGUGACUUUGUUUCUCAACUGAAUUUAGAAGGCAGCUUAAUUCAGCUGAAGCAGUAUUUCAAUGAUUUUACUCAAGAAUAUGUCAUCUCCAUGGACGAUGUGGAAGCCUUUUUGCGAAACCUGAAGGUUACUGUUGAGAAACUUCUGGCUGAUCUCACUGUCUACAUCCAACACUUUGCUGGUAUGAUGAAGGAGAUUAUUGUUAGUUGCACCCUGCCUGAAACCCUCAUCCAGAAGAUCCAGCAACAGCUGAAUGCCAUUAAUGAGGAGUAUGACAUCAAGGCUAUGGUUGUCUAUGUAAUUGAUACCAUGAGGGAGGUGAUCCAGCAGAUUGACCUGGAAAAGCUGAAGGGUAGUAGCAUCGCUUUCCUGCGUGAUAUCGAUGCCAAGUAUGAAAUCAUGGCUAAACUACAGACAAUCAUGAGUGAUAUGAAACAAAUAAUUGAGAACUUUGACAUGCAGACAUUUGCUGCUGAGCUGAAGAGGUACAUUUCAUCCAUUAACAUUAAAGCUCACAUUGAGGAACUAGUGAGUCAGAUUCCCACAGACAUUUUCAGCGAUAUAACAGAUUAUAUUAGGGAAAGGAUUCAGGACUUGGACAUCCUAGCUAAGAUCAACACAUUCUAUGCCAAGAUGAGAGAGUUGAUUAUAAAGUUUGAGGCUGACAGAAAGGUUCAAGCCAUCUUGACAAAGGUUGUGGAGCUCGUCAAGCAUUUCAGCAUUGAGGAAACUAUCAGGACUGUAGCCAAGAUGGUGAAGGACGCAGACAUCCCUACCAAAUUCAUGCAAGUCUUCCAGGGUGCUAUCAACUUCUUGAAAGAAACUGAGAUUAAGGAUAUAAUUUCACAGUUCAAUGUAUAUAUUGGGAUUGUUGAACAGAAGUUGAAGUCAUUUGAUUAUAAUGAGUUUGUGGAUCACACCAAUCGAAUGAUAGCUAAGUACACUGAUCAUGUGAAUGACUUGAUCAAGUCUCUUGAAAUCCCCCAGAAACUUGAGGCAACAAGAGAUUUUUUCAACUUUGUCUUAUCCUCUGUUAGGGGUUCUGUGGAACAACUGAGAGAAAUUAAAAUUGUAGAAUUUAUGAAAAUUGUGAAGGAUAUCUUUGACCAGGUUGUAUUAAGUAAUCUGAAGGGAUUUGCUGAAAUUAUAAAGCAGGAAAUUGCAAAACUGGAUGUCAAUGCUGAAAUUACCUCAUAUCUGCAGUUGGCAAGAAAGUGCUAUGCUGAGUUCAUAACCAUUGCCACUGAUAUGUUCACCAGUAUGGUUGAGCUCAUUAAGAAGGUGGCCCCUCAGCAAAAAAUAUUUAGUGAGAUAUUGCAGAUCAUCGAGGGGCUCAUUACUGGACUGAAGAAAGCCGAGUUGAAUAUGCCAUCCUUCACCAUUCCGCUCACUGAUCUUGUUGUGCCUUCCAUGACGUUCAGCAUAGAUAAGCUUCACCAGUUUGAAAUCCCAUCACAGCUGGACAUCCCUGAGUUCACUAUCUUGGGCUUCCACACUGUGCAAUGCACCACCAUCUCAACUAAUGACAUUAAAAAGACAAUAAUUUACUUGAUUGAUCUUGUUCUCAACUUUGAGGUGAAGAUGUUUGAUAUGGGUGCUCCGUUUGAAGACCUGACUAUGAACUACCUUCCUGCCCUGCCUGAGUUUUCACUUCCUGAGAUUACGGUACCUGAGUUCUCAUUUCCCACUCUUCCUCAUGUUCCAGCAGAGAAACUUGUUAAGACUCUCCAACUCCCAACAUUUAAGCUGCCAGUCAUCCCUAGUGAGAUCAUGAUUCCAGGAUUUGGUAAACUAAGUUAUGAGAUAAAUGUCAACUCACCCAUCUACACUAUUAGGAAUGCUGCUGAAAUCCAGAGCUCUCUUGAUGUAGAUGAGACUCCUCAGCUGACAGCUUUUCUGACUUCCCAAGGGACAUCUCUUAGCUUUGAAAUUCUUAACUUCAACCUGGAUUCCACUGCUCGUAUUGCUGUUCCCAAGAGGCAUCGUGUGAUUGCUGCUGAGACCCUUACGUUCAAUCACAAUUUUCUUGCAUUGGACCACCAUGCAUCUAUGACAUUUUAUGACUUCUCAGCCCAGGCCUCAGCCAAGACCAUAGUAAAGGCCACCACAGCACCUUACAAUGCUGAGCUUUUAAAUGAAGCUUUCUUAGCUACCAGGGGUGGUUUAUCUGCCACUUUUGACACUUCCUAUAAACAUGUACUCAACCUCCCCGUCAUGGGCCUCACUGGUGAGACAUCUAUAACUCAAAAAGCUGUGGCCCACCAAGAAGGUACCUCUAUUACAAUAACUGUUGGAAAUCAGGGUACUACCCCCUUCAACUCUCAUGACAGUAUCCACAAGAGUGACCUGCAAGUCACUGUCAAUCCAAGUACAGUAAAGUUGACCUUCAUUAGUGACACAGAUACAUUCCCUUUGAAGAUGAAACAGACCCUGAGAGCCGACUUUGACAUCUUCAGCUAUUUCAAGUUUGAUAUUCGCUCUGAAGCAGAAGGCCCCACAAUCAAAAGCAACCUUUUAGUGGGAUCUGUAAAUGCCAAUCUGCAUGACAUGAAGCUUGAGUUGAAGGCAACCCAUAGCACAGAUUUAACUGGUAUUGUCAGUGGAGCCCUAUAUAAUGUGAUUGAUGUUGCUCUCUGUCCAAGGGAGAUUGUGUUCCACUUUCAGAAUAAGGGAAACACCAAGGUCAAUUUCAAUGAUGCUCUUACUGCUAAAAUUGAUCUGCAGAAUGAUUACUCAGCAACCUUCAGGCCUGACACACAACAUAUGAACACUGUUGCUUUGGCCCGUCUUAAUCAGUACAAAAUGUUCUGGAACUUCACUGUAGAGAACAAUGAGAGGGAGGCUGCCAUCCUUGCUGUCGUAGAAGGGGAAGCAAACCUUGAUUUCCUGACUAGGCCCAUCAGCAUUCCUGAGAUUGAUAUUCCAUUUGUUGACUUACAUACCCCAGCUAUCAGUGAUCUUGACUUGUAUGACCAAACAGGGCUGAAACACAUUUUGACCACUACUGAGCAGACUGUGGAUGUGGAUGCCAAGGUUGUUUAUAAGAAAAGCCAAGCUGCCCCCCUUGUUGAUAUAAUGGGUCUGAUCCAGAUUCCCUCUGUGGGUAACCUGAUCACAGAGCUGUCUUUCAAGUCUACCAUCAUUAAUCUGAAUGUCAAUGCUGGACUGUAUGCUGAGGAUAAUCUUAUGUUCCGUCUGGGAGCUACCACAGCCUCUGUGUUUGAGGGUCUAAAAGCCAAACUUGAUGGCACCACCAGUCUGACCACCAAGACAGGAAUCAAGUUGGCCAAUUCCCUCUCCCUUGAAAAUCGUCACAUUGAAGGCACUCAUGACAGCACCAUCAGUAUGAGUACUGAGACUUUUGAAACUGCCGUCUCUGUGGCUACUGCUGCAAAGAUUGCCCUGCCUAUACUCAACCUGGAAGCAAACCAAAAUCUGGUUGCAGACACCAAAACCAAGCCAAAUGCUGAUUCCACUUUGAGGAUGAAGGGUGAUUUCAACAUCCCUGUGAUCAAGGCUGUCGGAAAGGCUGAGGCAGACCACAGUCUGAAGCUGGAGGGAACCUUUGAGUAUGUUUCUAUGGAGUCAUCCACAAGGGCAAACAUAGAUGGCACAGUGCUUGAAGACUAUCUAGUUUUGGGAGUCCUGGAUAAUGAGGUUAAUCUGUACCUGAAUAAUGAUGGCCUACGUUCCACCUCUAAGAUUAUUGCUGAUGCCAAGCUUAACCAUGGCACCACCAAAGUCAUUGGCAUGGAUGUAAAUGAGAAUCUUGCUGUUGAAGCCUCCCUGAGUCGUGUGUAUGCAGUGCUGAAGUAUACUGGCAACAAUGAGGCAAACCUGUUCAAUUUCAACUCCAAUGGGAAGCAUAUUGCCCAGGCUAACAUUGAUUUUGCACCAACAUCUUCCUUGACUGCUGAUAUGGAGAUAGAUAUGUCUCAGCCAAGCAGCCUGGGUGAGUUCACCAUCUUUGAGAAAACCGUUGCUCAAGUGACAGCUGCCAAGCAGAAGAUCUCUACAAAUGCCAAGUUUAUCAGCCCACUGUACACCACAAACCUGGCAGCUGAAGUAGAGGGCAGUGCUCCUGUCUUCAAAGUCAACUUUAGAUCCUCUGCCACCUCUGCCAUUAUCUUCUUGGAAUAUGACCUGGACUCUUCCAUUACCACAAACUUUGAACAUGCUGGCGUAACCCUGACUGGGAAGAUGGUUUUCACCCAUAGCGAUCUUACCAUGGACAUUCAACACCUUCUUUUCCAUACACAGAGUGACUCCCGUCUAACCCUGAAUGUGGACAUAACUAGCCCUGCCUUCACUGAUGUGAACUUGCGUUAUGCUGUCCGCAAAGAUGGAAUCAGUGCAACAAUUUCUAUCCCAUCUACUGGCUUCCUGGGUCUUCAGCUCCAUGGCAGGGUCCCAUCUCAGAUGAAUGCCAGGCUUUAUGGCCGUUAUGCUUCUGAUCCUGGGAAGGAUGUUGAUAUCUUCACCAUGAGAGCUUCUGCCAAGGAUGAUGAUAAAAUUAAUCUGAAGAUGGUCAUCAACAUGGAUGCCCCUGACAUCAUGCUCAGCGGACUACAGGAAAGACUUCCUGCCAUCACCUCUUGUUUGACAGUCUUUGCUGAGAAACAUCAACUGUUCAGACAUGCUGCUCAGCUGAAGAAUAUUAUUAUUGACUAUACUGAGGAGGCCCACAACAUUGCAAACAACCAUGUCCCACAUCUGAGCCAGUUGUCCAUCCUUUUUAGGAACACUGUUGUUCAGUACCAGAAGACUGUUCAUGUCUUCCUGGAUGCUACAAUCAAGGUCCUGAGGGAGACCCAUGUCAAACUGCCUGGCUCUGAGAAGAUGACCCCUCUCAUUGAGGUGUUCAAUAAAUUGACUACCAGUAUUACAGCUAUGCUAGAGAAGACAAUCCACCUGGUGGCUGUUAAUGCAGAAUAUGCUUUCAGUGUUGUUAUUGGCACAUUCAGUAAAAUUCAGGUCACAAUGCCCCUUGGUGAUGUCAUGGCUGGAGCCAAAGUGAUUGACGAGAUUAGGGACAGGGUAAAGAUUAUCCUUAAUCCCACUGUAGAUCUUUUGAAGCGCCUGGAGAGUCUAGACAUGUUCCUGGAGAAACUGGAUGACACCUUAAAAUCCGUUGUUGACAAAGCUCAGGACGUUGUUGACAACACCCUAAAGUCUGAUGUCCUUGAUUCCAUUGCUGUCUACAUUAAUGCUUUCUAUGACAAACAUGUAAGCUUAGUGGAAACAAUCACCAGGUAUGCAAACAGUGCUGUGGACAUUGAAUAUAUAAAUGGCACCAUUAAUUACAUUCUGGAUAUUUUCAGAUCUGUAGUGAAUCAAUUUAACUACACCGUUACUGAUUAUCUCCAGCAGGCUCCUGCUCAGUACAGAUCUUAUGUAAAAGUUAAGGGUAGAAAGCUUGAGAUUAAUCUUUGAUUGCACCUUCACCAGUAAGCUAAAAGAUUGAAAUGCUACUAUUUGUAGUGCUACAGUAUUAUCUAAACAUAAAGGUGCAUAAAGGUGUGUUCUAGCUGAAGUAUCAUGUUCAGUUUUGUUUAAAAAUAUAUGGAAAAGCAGUGGAUGAGCAUAUAAUAAUGGUAUUACAUGUAACAAGGGCGCAUAUAACAAUAUGUAUACCAUAUGUGUUGCAAGUCACAUUUUUCUAUCUUUGGGUUUGAUAAUGGUGUGAAAUAAAGUGUGUACUGAAUAGA